CAUAAACCUUCAUUAGGUUAGGUACCUAGCGUAUACAAGUUCCUGGUGUAUAUAAACCCUUUACCGAAACGAGAGAGGCGGAAUCAUAAUGCAGCGUGACCAUCUUGCUUAAUUUAUACAUGUGAUGGUAACAGAAACCUUGGGCGCCAUGGAUGAGCAUAGCUUGUGUCAACAAUGCGAAGCACUAUUCUCGAAAGACGGGUUUACACAACUCCUCUCUACUAACAGAUUCGUCCACUCGAGACUUGGGACUUUCCCGAACCGCUCCGCUUGCAGGUUCUGUAGUUAUCUUUGGAACCAAGAUUUCCUCGGAGGGUCCGUCAACGUGUUCAACACACGGUGUUUGCGCGAUCUGGUUCACCCUGCGUCCGGGAGGAUAAAGCCCGGGAGGCAGUCCGAGCUCGCAGCGUGCUGGGUAGUCAUUACACAGCCUAUAAGAAGCCAGUACAUCAUGGGAAUCUCCGGGGCUGUCGCCAAUUUAGAGCCUCUCACAGUAGACAAUAACACCAGUGAAGCCGAGGGCGUUGACAGAAUAUUCAUAACCGUAGAAUCGGAUACGGGACGUACUGAGUGGCAGGCAUCUCGGCCAUUAAGACUCGUCGUUCCUAAAGAUAGCCCAUUGGCAUCAUAUACUAAUUUUCGACCCUUUGAAUGGAAUGGCCUAACUGAGGAAUGGUCUAGAAACAUUAAGUCGAUGCUUGAAAGCUGUCGAAAAUCGCAUCCUCAAUGCCAACCCUCCGGCCCAAGGCCACUUCCGUCACGCUUGCUGCAAAUCAGCGAAUGCGAAGAACCAUUUCCAGAAGUACGCCUAGUAGAUACAAGAAAGGGCCUCAGAGAAGGAUUAUACGUAGCCCUGAGCUACUGCUGGGGAGGCCCGCAACCACUAGAGCUAACCAAGGACAACCUCAAUGUAUUCCUUGGUACUACUCUAGACAAUAAUUCCCUUCCACAGACAAUAAAGGACGCAAUAAAAGUGACUCAGUCUCUAGGAUUGAGUUAUCUAUGGAUCGAUGCGCUAUGCAUAAUUCAGGAUGACCCAGAAGACAAGAGAAGAGAAAUCAGUCAGAUGUGCACCAUCUAUCAAAACGCUUUCGUCACCAUUGCCGCAGCUACGUCCACCUCGGUCCACGAAAGUUUCCUCAGCAACACCAAAUCGUUCAAUAAACGACAUGCCACCUGCACUGUUCCUUUUUCUCACAGCCCUGAUAACAGCCUCCAUCUCAAAAGUCCCAAUACUAUCACCAUCUCACCCGUACACGCGCAUAAGACCGAUGUGUUCCCCCUAAACAAGAGAGGCUGGACGUUCCAAGAAGCCCUAUUACCUCCGCGACUCCUCGUAUUCGGGGACCUCGAGCCGUUCGUCCGAUGCCGAACGAGGAACGUGAUGAAGCGAUCGUGGAGCGCCAUCGACUACGAGCUCUCCACCGUGUACCCUCGGCGGAUAAUCGACAGCGUGGCGCGUAACCAAGCCGAGGAAAAUGGCCUGAUAGUCGACACGAAGGGCAGCGAUCUCGACAGCAUCUGGCGCGAGAUCGUCGAGCAGUACACGCUUCGCCAGCUGAGUUACGCCGAGGACAGACCGCUUGCGAUCAGCGGGGUAGUGGACUUCCUUUCGACUACGUUUCGGGAUACGUGCCACUUCGGCGUCUGGGAAUCAUCGUCUGUAACCGGGCUUCUGUGGAAAACCGUGCCGCUAUACGAAGACGAAAAAGAAGAAGAGGAACGAAAGGAAGAAGGAAAAGGGCGACGGAGCGUCGCCGGCUUACCUACCUGGUCUUGGAUGUCAAUCACGGGGCCCGUAGACCUAGAUUGCGUCGUAUACUUCGACAGACCGGAAGCGGUAGUCGAGUGGGACGACGACCCUUCGCAUAGUCGAUUACUAAUCUCGUGCAUCGUGUUGAGGGGGGAAGACGUGCACGCAAGUGGAAUGGAAGGGAGCAAUUCCAAAGUGGUGAUAGACUCAUGGUCUGAUUUCUCCGAAGGCUCCGCCGAAUACCACUUCCUGCCAGAAGAAGAGUGUUCCUUUCUAGUGCUCGCGCGCGAGACAAACGGACACUUCUUGGCACUCGUGGCGGCGUGUUACGGGGAUAAUGUCUAUCAUCGCUGUGGUGUGGCGGAGCUGAAUAUUCCAGGCGACUGGCAUCCGGGGCCCCGCGAACGGAUUGUAUUGCUGUAAGGUUAAAGUUUUUACUUUCUCCGGUCUUCAAGUUGCAGUAGGUACCUCCUAGGGACUCGUGUUUCCUUACUAGAAUACCGACACGCCCUUUGAUCUAAUCAGUGUAUCAUUAUCACUAGAAUCGGACUCAUCUAUACCUACUUGGUAGUUAUGUUAGGUACUAUAGCAUCUACACUUCCGAAAUGAAAUGCCCACAAAAUUCUUGAGA